GGAAGCGGCUGUCAUACUUGGAGGAAUUAGGCGCCAUUGUGGUUCCUACAGGAGCCCCAAAUCCAUAGGAUUUAAUGAGAGAGCUGGAUCUAUCAUGGCCGACUCCCAUCACAGUUGCACUGUAUAUUUACACCUCAGUCGAGUGAAACAAAUAAACUGAUAGGGAUUUGUUUCCACCAGGCUCUCAAUCUAGAGCUUUCAACACAUUGCUAGCAACAGGGUGCAGUGGCGCGAUCUAGAGAAUGGCCCGUGUGGUGUUUCUCCAUCCCGACCUUGGAAUAGGUGGAGCUGAACGACUGGUGGUGGAUGCUGCAGUAGCCCUGAAGUCCAAGGGCUGUAGCGUCCAAAUCUGGACUGCACAUUAUCAUCCAUCACAUUGCUUUUCCGAGACCCUCGACCAGGAUUUACCAGUGGUGUGUGUAGGUGACUGGCUGCCCACUAGUGUCUGCGGCUACCUACAUGCCUUGUGUGCCUACCUGAGAAUGAUCUAUGUGGCUCUAUACUUGGUCUUUUUUAGCGGAUUGGAAUAUGACGUCAUCUUCUGUGAUCAGGUGUCCGUGUGUAUUCCAGUGUUGAGGUUGUCCCGUCGGAGGAAGAAGGUUCUGUUCUACUGCCACUUCCCAGACCAGCUCCUCACCCAGAGGCAGUCGGCGUUGAAGAGGCUCUACCGUGCUCCCAUCGACUGGAUGGAGGAGCGCACUACUGGGAUGGCUGAUAUGAUCGUAGUGAACAGUCGGUUCACGGCGGGGGUCUUCAGGGAGACGUUCCUCAGCCUGAAGGAGGUCCAGAUCGACGUGCUCUAUCCUUCCCUCAACACGGUCAACUUUGACCGGCCCUCCGAGGGGACUCGGGCCCUGGCCGGCCUGCUGCCCGAGGGCACCGCCUGCCUCUUCCUGUCUCUGAACCGCUACGAGCGCAAGAAGAACCUGGGCCUGGCUCUGGAGGCCCUGGCGGGGCUGAGGGACGCGCUGCCCUCCGCCCUGAUGGCAGGCGUCCACCUGGUGGUGGCGGGGGGGUUUGACGAGCGCGUGGCCGAGAACCUGCAGCACCACGCCGAGCUGAAGGAGCUGGCGGGCCGCCUGGGCCUGGAAGACCGGGUGACCUUCCUGCGCUCGCCUUCGGACGACCUGAAGGUGGCGCUGCUGCGGAGCAGCGCGGCCGUGCUCUACACCCCCAGCAGGGAGCACUUUGGGAUCGUGCCCGUGGAGGCCAUGUACUGCUGCUGCCCGGUCGUCGCCGUCAACUCCGGGGGCCCACUGGAGAGUGUGGAGGACGGGGAGACAGGCUUCCUCUGCGAGCCCACAGCCGCCGCCUUCUCCCAGGCCAUGGAGAAGCUGGUCAGGGAGCCCCAGCUCCGCAGGGGCAUGGGACAAGCUGGGAAGAAGCGGGUGCAAGAUAAGUUCUCCCUAGAGGCCUUCUCAAACCAGCUGCAUGGGUACAUCCUCAGGCUGAGCCAGUGAGGCCAUUGCUGGGGUAGAGUUAGAGGAGUUGGUGGUCUCAGGGUGGCAGUUGAGGUGAGAGAAGCUCUGAAUAGUAUUAACUGGCCUCAGCUUUGAUCUAGUUCCCUGGAGCAGCGUUAUCUGUCAUUAAACUGUGAAACUGGUGGUUGAGGGGCCAGGUAAAGGGCCACAGAUAAGGGGGGGGGGGGGGGGGGGUGGAGGUUGUGUUUUGGAAAAGGAAGACAAGUGAUGUAAAGGCUCUGGCUGUGUUUGUAUGUAUUAGCACACAUUUAUCAGCCUAGGUGUGUGUGUUUGCGUGUGUGGGUGCGUACGGGAGGUGAUGAAGAGGUGCCGAGGUAGGGGGCUCUGUGGGAGGAUAUUAUGAGGACUCUAAGGACAAUUAAUCAGCAUUCCCCCUGGAGGGGUUGCUGAGAGGAAGAGGGACGGAAUCUCUGUGCCAAUUAAGAAAAGAGUAACGAGUUUACCCAUCCUGCCCCUGGAAAAAUGCCACCCUCUGUGUGUGUAUGUGUGUCUGUGUGAGAGAAUGUGCAGCAGUAUACAGUUGCACAUGUGCAAGAGAGGGCCACCGCCGCUGCAAACAAGAGCCCAACAAAUGACUGGAGCCAAUAAAUUGAUUGCUUGAAUGAAA